AUGACUACAGUGUCUAAUCUAAAUAAAACAAUAAUUGUUACACCUAGAAAUUCGAGGAUUUUACGAGAAGAAAAAGCUAAUGAUACAUCUUUUAUUGGAACAGCUGUGGUAGGUGAAGAAGCAGCUUCACAAUAUAGUGAACGUUAUUAUAAAUAUGAUCCAAAAAAUUGGAAUCCAAUGUUAUUGUAUAGAACUCCAACUGAUGUAAUAAAUCAAGUGCUUCGUGAAGCAGGUGGUGAUGGUGCAGAUAGAUAUGAAAUCGGUCAUGCACUUGGAUUAAAUUGCCAUAUUAAAUCUGGAAAUCGAAUAGUUUCUCAAUAUAUUCAAGAAUUAACAAAAACUUUUCCAAAUGAAAUUGGACAAUUUCAUAAAAUGAAUGGAAAAAUAAGAUCUAUAAGAUAUUAUAUAAAAGAAUGUCAUGUGAAUGCUUUCCAAGUUUUAUACGAUGAAUUUAAAAAAAUAACUGGAAGAGAUUGCCCUUUUAAAUGUGGUGAUGUAUUUAAAUUUCCAGGAGCAAAUUUGAAUACUCUACGUUUGUCAGACAUUACAUUGAAACGAAUGAAUUAUGUUCUUAAGAAACUCGAAGAAGAAAAAGUUGUUGUUACAUAUUUUAGAUUAGUUAAACAUAUUCAAGAUAUUGAAUCUAAGGAAGGUUAUAAAUUUCAAAUGGAUAAGAAGUCUUUAGUAAAAAUUAUUGUUGCUUUAGAAAGAAAAGGACUUCUUAAGAUUACUGAAAGCGUUGUUAAUUAUGGAGAUAGUGAAAUAUCAGUAAAAUGUGUAUGUCAUCGAAGUAUUAUUGAUAAAAAUGAUCCAUUAAUUCCUAUAGCUAUUGCUAAUUUAAUAAAAAUUUAUGAAUCCGAAUCUAGGCUUUUUCCGAGUGGUCAACUUCGUUAUCCAACUUCUACUAGGCAAAAUAACGAAGAUGAAGAUCCAAAAAAGAAAGCUCAAAGGCUUGCUAGUGCUGAAAGGAAAAGAUUAAAAAGACAACGUGAUAAAGAGUCACGGCUCAGUAGUAGUAAUGCUAAAGAUAAAGAAGUUAAACCUCCAAAAUCAAAGAAACGGAAAGAGUCUACAACAGAUAGUAGUAGUGCCCGUGAAACAUCUUCUGAAAGUAAUGUAGAAUGUGAAGAUACCCUUAAUGAAACUGUUUCUACGAGGAAAGUCAUCAAAAUUAAUAAGUUUGUAGCCAAUCAAGGAAAGUCAAUGAAAUUAAUGAUGCUCCACGAACUGUUAUUUUAUUUCGUCAAUUGUUACAAACCUGGGAUGAAGUCAUACCAAGAUAGAUUUCCUAGAGUAAAUGAAGUUAAAUUAGAACUUGUUGGUAAACCAGAUUCAGAAUUGGAUGCCUCAUCUUUAGCAUCAUCUCUUUCUAAAAGAGUUAUUCAUUGUAUGGAAUCAAUUGAUUUUAAAAUACCAAUAAAUGAAAUUCCUGUUGUUGUAAAUGAAGAAUCUUUUUAUAGGUUUGUAACUCCAUUAGCUCCAGGUUCAGAGAUUCCAGAUGGAUGGUUUGCUAUAAGUGAACUUUUAAAUGUUUUACCUCUAACAAUAAUAGCAUUUAUUUCAAAAUACUCUAAUGACCAUCCAAUUUUAAUGGAGUUUCUUAAAGAUCCUAUAAAAAGAUACAUUAUGUAUGCUGAUCUUCCACCAAUAUUUAGACAUAAAAUUUUUCCAAUAUCUAAACUUACAAGAGUUAUUGAACAUAAGUUAAUGUUACUAGCUGGUAUGGGUCUUCUAAUUUUAUCAAAAAAAGAUGAAAAUAAAAAGGAGAUUGAAGUAGAAACAUCACAAGAUUUGUUUUACUUAACAAAAGUUAAAACUAUAAGAGACACCAGUACUGCACCACCAAGUUAUAUGAAAAUUACUGGAGAUAUGAAUGAAUACAAAUCUUAUAUUCAUAAAUUAGACUCAAUAGAAAAAAUAACAAAAUUCUGGCAUCAUGUUAGGGCAAUAUCAUUGUCAACACAUUUCAGUUUUAAACGACUUUUAGGAGAUGGUGAUCUUGAUUGUAAUAGGCAAUUUCUUACAGGAUUAAUUGAGAAAGAUAAAUAUAGAAGACCAAUUCAACAAUACAAUGAAGAAUUAAAUCUCAAUGAUUCUGACAAAGGAUGUGGAGGAUUUCAUCCAAGUCUUUUUAUGCAUCUAAAGCGUCAUUGGGAUAUUAAUACAGGUCCUGAUGAUAUCUUUAAAUGGUUUAGUGCAAAAUUAUCAUUAUCUGGUGAAAGUGUAAAAGAAUUUAUUCAAAAAUCUGUAGCUAAACUUAAUAAUGGUUGGAAUUCAUGUAUUCAUCUUCUUAUGGCUUCAGAUGGUCUUAUUUACAAAGGAUACAAGAAAAAGCAAUCCAAAAUUUCUGAUCCAAAUUGUACUGGAUUACCUAUAUUAAAAAGAAUUUCAACACAAUCUUUAUCAAAUAACAUAAAACAUAAGAAAAUAAAUGGUGAAUCUGUUAUUGAUGACAAAGGAUAUCUUAUUGUAAAACGAUCUAAAACUAAACGUAAACAUUUAGAUGAAAAAGACAUUCGUGUAAUUCAGGAUCGAACUCAAUUACGUGUAAAAUAUACAAAACGUGAAAAAGAUCUUUUAAUAAUGAUAAGAGCUGUUAGUUAUUUUUUAAAACCAAUAUAUCGUAUUUGGGUUUCACCAUCAUUGAUUCGUGAUUUAAUGCAUAAUUAUGUUCCAGAAUCUAGAACAAAAACAAUUCAAAAUAUUCUUUCAGCUGGUACAAGAGAAAUGGGACGAGCUCAGGGAAGAGUUGAAUUUUUCCGCUACGUUGGUGUUUUUGAAGGAAAUCCAGGAAUGGUAGAAUUAAGAGGAAAAAUGAUUGAUACAACAAAAUCAAAAGAAAAUGAAUCCGUAAAUGAUAAUGUAUUUUUAGAUGCUUUUAAUCUUGCUUAUAGUAUAAUUUUUGAUGAUGACAAAAAUGUUCCAGAAGCUUCAGUAAGUGAUGAAAACUUUUUUAACUAUUACAAAGAAAAAAAUGAAGACAUUAUUGAUGGAGAUACAUCAAUACCUAAUGAUAUUUUUUCUCCACCAAAAAAUCUCAUUGAUAUUCAACAAGAAUUGUCAUUCCAUGUUAUGUUAUCAUCUUUGCUACAUAAUACAACAGAAUGUUUUUCUGAUGAAAGUAUAAAAAUAGAAAAAUUAGCUUUUACUUUAAUUAAAAGUCGUUUAUCUGAUGUAAUUAUAAAAAUGAAAUCUGAGAGUAUUAUUUGUAAACCAAAAGGUAUGGAACAAAUAUUAAAUAAUGAUUCAAUAGUCGUGUCUGCAAGUAUGGCUAUUUUAUCAACUCAUUUUAGAUACAUGUUUAAUGUUAGAUAUCAUAGUGAUAUUAUAUUACAAAGUAUUAAUGAUUACAAAAAUAUUAUUGAAACAAAAGAUUGUACCAAUAUAUAUACACCAGGAGGAUUAGUAUUAGUUGGAGAUUUGAUGGAAUCUCGUGGAAUGCAUUCUUCUAUAACCAUGGGAAAAGAAUUUAAUAAAAUAAUUGAUAUGGAAGAAGAAUUAAGUGGAAGUAGUGGUUUAAAAAGAAAUAAACAUCUUGAAAGUGCUAAUAUGAUGUUAGAUGAUAUUCAUCUUAGAUAUACAGACAUACCAAAACUUAAUUUUAAACCUGUUGAUCCAAUAGAAGUUGCAUCAGAAAUGAUACAAAAGGUACCAUUUUCUGAAAUUAAAUGGUUGGAUGAGGAUACAUUUAUUAAAGAUUUUAAAAAUGACACAGUAAGAACAAAACAAUUAUUAAAUCUUUUUCCAAAACUUAAGGAUGCUACUAAUAUUGGUUUGACUGCUGAAGAAAUUAGUGAUAUUUUAGAAUUAAGCUAUAAAGAGACAGUUGAACUUUUAAAUAUUUUAAUUCAAAAAAAUUUAAUUUUUGUUUGUGGAAUUGACAAACGACGAUAUAUUUCUAUAAGACAUUCAACUGAUUGGGUUGUUGCUAGUGAAGAACGUAUAUGCUUUAUGAUGCGUCCAUGGCUUAAUUCUAAAGGUGAUGUUAAUAUAUCAAUUUUAAAAUGGAUGUCAGAAUGUAUAUUAUUAAAAAUUAUUGACAAUCCAGUUUUUGAAAUUUUGGAAUUUUUGGAAAAAAUUAAAACUGUGAUUCUUGAAAGAAAAGUUACAUCAAACUCUGUUGUAUUAGAUCCAUUUACCAAAGAAAAAAAAAUGAUUACUAUAUGGGAAGUUCAACCAUUUCAUAAUGCUUUAACUCGAUUUGCACAAACAUUUGCCAAUGUAGACUAUAAACCACUUUUUACUAAAGAGUGUUAUCAGUAUUUUUAA